AUGGCUGAUACCAGUACUAGUCCCCCCGCGCUACCCCUGGAGCUCUGGGGCUGCAUUGACUCACAUCUAUCCAAUGCCGACAUAAAGUCCUUGCGUCUGACAUGUAAGCAAUUCAACAAUACAGUGUUUCUUCGACUCAAUCGUGUUUUCUUAUCCGCCAACCCCCUCAACAUAGAGGUCUUCCGCAACAUUGCAUCACACGACAAGUUCCGCCAUCAGGUCAACGAGAUUAUCUGGGAUGAGGCGCGCUUGCAACGGGGUCCAAAACGAACAUCCGACCCUGAUGAGGGGCAUGAAUUGCUCUCUGACGAAGAUGAACCCGAUAACAACAGAGAAUGGGCUGCGGCAUACGACCCGGAAUACAGAGAGGAAAUUAUCAAGCUCCAUGAGACUGAAGAGGGAGAUAGGUGUCCCAGAUGGUUCAAAAACGCUUGCGAGGAAAAUUCUUGGGUUCAGAAAUGGCAGGACAUUCGUGAUGCGGGCAGGUCCGACCAUAUCGCGCGCCGAGAACAGGUUCGCGCUCAGCUGUCGCUGGGGGAGUGCUGGCAACAUUAUCUGGAGUUGCUGCGUCAACAGAAGGAUGUUCUUGCCGGUCAGAGUGAUUUGGAAGCGUUUGCAUUCGGCGUUAGGCAGUUUCCUGCCCUGAAGAGAGUUACUAUCACACCUGCAGCCCACGGCACUCCCAUCACCCCGCUUUACCCGACCCCUAUGAUUCGUGUUUUCCCGGAAGGUUUCAAUUACCCUAUUCCUCGUGGUUGGCUAUACGAUAGAGAUGAUACGAUGCCUACUGCAUAUUUAUGGAAUCACUACCCGGAACUUAGAGGUCGGUACCGCGGGUUCCGUGCGGCAAUGCGUGUCCUCGCCAACGAACCCAACUCUGUUUCUGAGCUGGUGAUGACUUCUAACUCUGUCCCCACGGGGAUCAACUGCACAAUCUUCGACAAUUCCUGGGUGCCUCCCGAUGCGUACAGCAAUUUCUCUACCGUGCUUAAGAAGCCGGGCUUCCGUCGUCUGGAUAUUGCCUUGCUUGUUAGUGGUCAAAAUGAGGAUGACCUCGAAUCAUGCUGGCGAUCUCUGCUUAACGGGCGUCUGCGCCGGGCACUUGGUGAAGCAAAAGAAAUGGAAGAGUUCAGGCUGCAUACAACAUUUGAUAGAACUCUCUACGCCUGGUUCGAAUGGCCUUUGAUCCCAUUACAGAGCAUUGUGCCUGUGGAACAAUGGUCGAAACUGCGCCAUUUCGAACUCUCCGGCUUUCUUAUCUCACAGGAUGAUUGUGUCUCUUUCCUCAAGACGCUACCAGAAUCCGUUCGCUCCAUUGAACUUAGUAUGCUGUACUUCCAUGACGAUGGAAACUGGUGUAGUAUGCUUGAAGAAAUCAGGCGGAUGGUAUCAGAGGGCACGUUGUGGGGAGACCGAGAUGCGAGAUCAAGACCCAAAAUUACCAUCGGUGUGCCAAUCGAUGGGGAUAGCAUACUAGGCAUAGGGAGCCAUGCAUAUGGACACGGUGUAUGGAUUGAGAAGGAGGUAGAGGAUUUCAUCUACGGUGAAGGAGGAAAUCCCUUUAAGGAGCAUCGUCCCGAAGGAUCCCCUAGGCCUAGCAUCCACCUUGGAGUUGGUGUGAUAAGGGGGGCAUUCGAGCCCGAUUUUGAGGAUGCACAUGACCAAUGGGCACUUGAGUAUUAUUCACUUAGGUAUUGA